AAGGGCGAGCGGAGGCUGCAGCGGGGGAGGGUGGAAAGCUGGGGGGAAGGUCUGGGGGUGUGAAGCAGAGGGGUGGCGGAAUAGGGUUGGGGUCCUCCAGGACCCCCCGACCCCCCAUCCCCUUGGGAGCGGGUUGGUUUCACGCAUCCCUCCUCCCCGACACGCGGAGCGAAACACACCUUGCAGGGAUGAAGAGGAUGAGCAAGAAUGAAAAGGGGAAGGCGAGGCACACGGUGCACGUGCAGGUGGGGGAAGACAUAGUGGUGAUAGAAGACGAUGAGGAGGAUGAGGAGGACAAGGAGCUGGGGCACGGAGAAGGCUCAGAAAGCUGUGAAGGACACGAAACCAGGCAGGGGUUGCAAGAAGGUGAGCAGGAAAGCACGGGUGGCAAAAGAAAGCCGCAGGUGAAAGCCAAACGCAAGAAGGGAGCGUAUAAAUGCAAUGAGUGCGGGACGACAUUCAACUGGAGGCAUAACUUGGUCCGUCACCAGCGCCUGCACACAGGCGAGCGGCCCUACAAGUGCUCUGAGUGUGGGAAGGGCUUCAACGACAGCUCCCCUCUGCUCAUCCACGAGAUGCUCCACCGCGGAGAGAAGCCCUACAAGUGCCUGAGCUGCGGGAAGAAAUUCAUCCAGAGUUCCCACCUCAUCGCCCACCAGUCUGUGCACACCGAAGAGAAGCCCUACGUGUGCCCCGACUGCGGGAAGCGCUUCGCCCGCCACCAGUACCUCAUCAUGCACCGCCGCGUCCACACGGGCGAGAGGCCCUAUGAGUGCCGGGACUGCGGGAAGAGCUUCCGCAAGAGCUCCGACCUCGUCCGCCACAAGACGGUGCACACGGGUGAGAAACCCUACAAGUGCCCCGUGUGCGGGAAGGGUUUCACCCAGAACUUCCGCUGUAAUGCUCAUAAAAAGGUCCAUCUUGUGGAGAAGGUUGACCAGCAGGAUUCUCCAUCGCAGGACACCCAGCAGAACAGCUCUGAGAACACUGCCUCACCAGCAGGUGCUGGUGGCCACAAAGAGGAGAAGCCCCAGCCAGUUGACUCCCAGCAGACAGAAGCAAAUGGCCCCAGCAUGAGGAUGGAGGAAGGGGCUGCGUGCCAGGAUCCUGAGCAGGAUGAGGCUCUAAAAGAGCAGUCAGAAGUGGAGCCAUCUGUGCAAGGGCAGGAGGAUCUGGAUGAUCCUGAAGGCACUUUGGAGGAUCCCAAAGAAUCGGGUGUGCAUCCAGGUAUCUGUGUUGAAGGGCAGACGCACGAGUGUGCCAACUGCAGGAAAACCUUUCACUGUAGCAACAGCCUGAGCCAACACCAGCAGCUGCACAUGGUGGAGCAGCCCCACAAGUGUUGCGAGUGUGGGAACAGCUUUGAUGACAGCUCCGACCUUGCUUCCCACCAGCUGGAGAAGUGCUGCAAGUGUCCCGACAGUGGGAUAAAACUCGGUGAUAGCACCAAGCUCCGACAGCAGAGAUCGGUUCACAAAUCCGAGAAAUUCUAUCUCUGCUCUGACUGCGGGAAGUGCUUCAGUCGCAGCUCCAACCUCAAACAGCACAAGAAGCUCCACACUGGGGAGAGACCCCACAAAUGCCCCGAGUGCGGGCUGAGCUUCAGCAACACCUCACACCUGGUUGUUCACUACCGGAUCCACACCGGGGAGAGACCCUACAGGUGCCAUGAGUGCGGGAAGGGCUUUACCAUGAGCACUAAAUGCCUGAAGCACGAGAGGACCCACACAGGAGAAACUCCCUACAGGUGCUCCAAGUGUGGGAAUUGCUACAGGACCAAGAUUUCCCUGAUGUGCCACAUGAGGAUGCACAUGCAUUAAGAUGCAAGAGGAGCAGAUUGUGCCCUGCAAGGAUAAUUUGCUAUAAGGACAAGCUUUGGGUGACGCUCCAGCACCAUUUGGGACAGGGUUCUUCUUCCCCAAGAUUCCCAGAAGAAGAGAAAUGGGACCGAAGGCAAAGCUCAGGGAGUCCCCCUCGGACAGCAUCCUCCCUGCUGCGUCGCCUCUUGUUUGCAUCAGGUCUCUGUGGCUCCCGAAGCCUUUGCAGGGCUGGGAGACCUGCAGGGUGAUCAGCACGCUGGAAAUCUUUAUCAAAGCUGUCCUCCUGGCAACAGUGAUGCUAUUCCCCAGGGAUGCUGGCAGUCACGCCAGUCCUCCCACGUGAAACAGAGGAGGCAGGGACGCCUGGUGAGACAGCUGCAGCAGAAGUAUCACAUUCAUUGUCUGAUCAAGCCGCCCUUGUUGGGCAUUUCUGGGCCAAAAAAAAAAAAGAUCGUAAGUCAGAUUCUCCUCCCCCCCUUAUUUUCAGUCUGGGCUUAAUGCUCAUGAGCAGCACUCAAGCAUUCAGUGAUGGAGGGGUUGUUGAAAUCCCAGGCAGUGUGGGGGAUUUUCUUGCUCCAUGGAGGGAGGGGAAUGCUGUUUCUGUACCCUCUUGGCAUCAAGCAAAGGGUCGAAUGUUCUUCUUUUCACUAUUGUUUUAUGUUUAGAUUUUUUUUUUCACUUAAUAAAAUCCUGAUGGGUUUCUGUUA